AUGGGCCUGGGGCCAGGCGCGUGGGCCCUGCCAGGGGGCGUGGCCGCGGCCCCCGCCCCGCCGCCCGCCGCGUGCUCACCUGGGGAGUGUGACAAUCCUGGCCGCGCUCUGUGCAGCUGGGGCCGGAGCAGCGGAGCGCGCGACGGCGGUGGCUACGGCUCUGACAGCGGCUCCCGCGGCGCCGGCGGCCGGGGGCGGGAGGAAGGAGACCCUGGCGUCCCAGGGGGCCCGGCUGGGGCAGUCGCGAGGGGCCUGGGGGGGCGCUGGCUUUGGCCCCGCCUGGGGCAGGAUGAUAUCAAGAUGAGUGGGGAUGUGGCUGAUUCUACCGAUGCUCGGAACGCCCUUGGUCAGGUGGAAACAGGAAGUGAUCGCAAUGGCCUUGAUUUCAGCAGACAGAUUAAAACCGAAGACCUCAGUGACUCCCUGCAGCAGAACCUCCCUCAUCGGCCAUGCCACCUGUCCCAGGGACCCACCAUGAUGCCUGGAAACCAGAUGUCUGGGGUAAGUUCCCAAUUUUAUAUGACAGCCGAAUUACAGGGGCAUGACAUGACUUCCCUCCAUCCGCUCCAACAGCUGGUGCUGGUUCCUGGUCACUUACAGUCUGUGUCCCAGUUCCUGCUCUCUCAGUCCCAGCCUGGGCAGCAAGGUCUGCAGCCAAAUCUUCUCCCCUUCCAGCAGCAACAAAGCAGCCUCCUCCUCCCUCAGACGGGGCCAGGCCUGGCAUCCCAGGCUGUAGGACGCCCUGGGCUACCAGGAUCAUCUUUAGAAUCCCAUCUGGAAGCAUCCCAGCAUAUCCCAGUGCCCAAGCAUUUGUCCAGCUCUGGAGGAGCCGAUGAGCCCAGUGACCUUGAGGAACUAGAGAAAUUUGCCAAGACUUUCAAGCAGAGGCGCAUCAAGCUGGGAUUCACACAGGGAGAUGUGGGCCUUGCAAUGGGAAAGCUCUAUGGCAAUGACUUCAGCCAGACGACCAUUUCGCGGUUUGAGGCCCUCAAUCUGAGCUUCAAGAAUAUGUGCAAGCUCAAGCCACUGCUGGAGAAGUGGCUGAAUGAUGCAGAGUCAUCUCCCUCAGACUCUUCCGUCAGCACCCCCAGCUCCUACCCCACCCUUAGUGAAGUGUUUGGGAGGAAGAGGAAGAAACGGACCAGCAUUGAGACCAACAUUCGCCUGACUCUGGAGAAGAGAUUUCAAGACAACCCCAAGCCAAGCUCUGAGGAAAUCUCCAUGAUCGCAGAGCAGUUGUCCAUGGAGAAGGAGGUGGUGAGGGUCUGGUUCUGCAACCGUCGCCAGAAAGAGAAACGCAUCAACUGCCCAGUGACCACGCCCAUCAAAUCACCCAUCUACAACUCCCGCUUGGUUUCUCCCUCGGGCUCCCUGGGUCCCCUUUCUGUCCCUCCUGUCCACAGCACCAUGCCUGGAACAGUCACGUCAUCCUGCUCCCCUGGGAACAACAGCAGGUCUUCGUCUCCUGGCUCAGGACUCCACCCCAACAGCCCCACUGCCUCUCAAAAUAACUCAAAGGCAGCUGUGAACUCUUCCUCCAGUUUUAACUCUUCAGGAUCUUGGUACCGAUGGAAUCACCCUACCUACCUCCACUGA